AUGGGAGUGCUAAGGUUCAAGAACAUCUCUUUUGGAAGCUUUCUUGAGUCCAGUGGAGUAUUCCAGGCAGUGUUCACCUUCCUUCUAAUUUCAUGUUGCUUGGCUCUGGAUUUCAGAGCACCCCCUCUUAUCCCAAAUGUGCCUUUCCUCUGGGCCUGGAAUGCCCCAACUGAACUUUGUACUGGAAGGUUUGAUGAACCACUAGAUCUGAGCGUCUUCUCUUUAGUAGGAAGCCCCCGAAGAGACAUCAUAGGACAAGAUGUUACAAUAUUUUAUGUUGAUAGACUUGGCUACUAUCCUUAUAUAGAUACUACAGGCAAAAAUGUGAAUGGAGGAAUUCCCCAGAAGGGGUCCUUAAAACACCAUUUGGAUAAAGCUGAGAAAGACAUUCUUUUUUACAUGCCAACAGACAAUGUGGGCUUGGCUGUCAUUGACUGGGAAGAAUGGAGGCCCACUUGGGCAAGAAACUGGAAACCUAAAGAUAUUUACAGGAAUCAGUCUAUUAAAUUGGUUCAGCAACAAAAUGUACACCUUAGCGUCAAAGAGGCUGCCAAGAUAGCCAAGGUUGAUUUUGAAAAUGCAGCAAAGAGUUUCAUGCAAGAGACUUUAAAAUUGGGGAAAUUACUUCGGCCAAAUCACUUAUGGGGUUAUUAUCUUUUUCCUGAUUGUCACAACAAUAAUUAUAGACAACCUGGUUUCAAUGGAAGUUGCUUUAAUACAGAAAAGAGAAUAAAUGAUGAUCUCAGCUGGUUGUGGAAGGAAAGCACUGCCCUUUUCCCAACCAUUUAUUUAAACACGGACAUGUCUCCUCAACAAGCUGUGCUAUUUGUGCGAAAUCGAGUUCACGAGGCCAUUAGGAUUUCCAAAGUACCUGAUGCUGAAAGGCCACUUCCAGUUUUUGUAUAUGCCCACAUAGUUUUUGCUGAUCUAACUUUCAAAUUCCUUUCUGAGGAUGACCUUGUGAAUACACUUGGUGAAAGUGUUGCUCUGGGUGCCUCUGGAAUUGUAAUAUGGGGAAGCCCAACUAUAAUGCGAAAUAUGAAAUCUUGCUUCACCCUGGACAAAUACGUGAAGACUACAGUGAAUCCCUACAUAAUCAAUGUCACCCUAGCAGCCAAAAUGUGCAGCCAAGUGCUUUGCCAGGAGCAAGGUGUGUGUACAAGGAAAAACUGGAAUUCAAGUGACUAUCUUCACCUGAACCCAGCGAAUUUUGCUAUUCAAAUUGCCAAUGGUGGAAAGUACAUAGUACGUGGAAAACCCACACUUGCAGACCUGCAGGAACUUUCUGAAAAAUUUAAUUGCAGCUGUUAUCCCACCUUGAGUUGUAAAGAGAAAGCUCAUAUAAAAGACAUUAAUGCUAUUGCUGUGUGUGUUGCUGAGGAUGUUUGUAUAGAUACCUCUGUAAACUUAGAACCCAGCUAUCAACCUUCGUGGAAGAAAGAUGCAAUUUCCCAGGGUGUCUCAUCAUCUACAUCACCUGCCACCAUGUUCUUUUUUAAUAUUUUAUUUCUUACCAUGAGUUCUCCUAAUCAGAGAAACAGCCUAGGUUCUGCAAGACUGGCCUAUGAACCAGCUGAAACAUUUAGUGAUUUGGAAAAAGUCUGUGCCCUAACGGGAAGUGCUGGAACCACUCAUGGCCUCCAUGAAGGGUUUGAAGAUGCUGAGUGUGGAAUCAGACCACAGGGUCUGAUUGCAAUAUCAUCUUGGUUUGUCACAUAG